GCGGGGCGGAGGCUGAGGGGCGACCCUCGGCGAGGCGUCCGCCGGUGACCGGCUGGUGUGGGCACUUCGCGGGGUGGCCGGCCUGCCCCGGGGGCUCCUCAGCGGCCCCCAGAAGGUCUAGGCUGCGGGUUCCCUCCAUAGAGCCCGGGGCUGGCCCGUCCCCAGGGCGUGGGGCGCGUGCUGAGCUUGGCAUCAUGGGUCCCGGGACCCCGGGCGCGGCGGCGUCCCCGCGGGCACUGCCGCUGGUCGCACGGCUCAGCUACGCCGUGGGCCACUUCCUCAACGACCUGUGCGCGUCCAUGUGGUUCACCUACCUGCUGCUCUACCUGCACUCGGUGAGCGCCUACAGCUCGCGGGGCGCCGGCCUGCUGCUGCUGCUCGGCCAGGUGGCCGACGGGCUGUGCACGCCCCUCGUGGGCUACGAGGCCGACCGCGCCGCCGGCUGCUGCCCCCGCUACGGCCCACGCAAGGCCUGGCACCUGGUCGGCACCGUCUGCGUCCUGCUGUCCUUCCCCUUCAUCUUCAGCCCGUGCCUGGGCUGCGGGGCCGCCACGCCUGAGUGGGCUGCUCUCCUCUACUACGGCCCCUUCAUCGUCAUCUUCCAGUUCGGCUGGGCCGCCACGCAGAUCGCGCACCUGAGCCUCAUCCCGGAGCUGGUCACCAACGAGCACGAGAAGGUGGAGCUGACGGCUCUGAGGUACGCCUUCACCGUGGUAGCCAACAUCACCGUCUAUGGCGCUGCCUGGCUCCUGCUCCACCUGCAGGGCUCCCCGCACGUGGGGCCCACCCAGGAAAUCAGUGACGAGCUGGGGGUCCAAGAUGUGCCAGUGUUUCGGAACCUUUCCCUGUUGGUGGUGGGCAUCGGAGCGGUCUUCUCCCUGCUGUUCCACCUGGGCACCAGGGAGGGGCGCCGGCCGCGGUGGGAAGAGCCGGAUGAACACAGCCCUUUGCUGACCCACGAGGCCCAGCCCUUGCUGCUCUGGAAACACUGGCUUCAGGAACCAGCCUUUUAUCAGGUGGGCCUGCUGUAUAUGAGCACGAGGCUCAUCGUGAACCUAUCCCAGACGUACAUGGCCAUGUACCUCACCUACUCCCUCAGCCUGCCCAAGAAGUUCAUCGCGAUCAUUCCCCUAGUGAUGUACCUCAGUGGUUUCUUUUCCUCAUUCCUCAUGAAGCCCAUCAACAAAUGGAUCGGGAGGAACAUGACCUACUUCACGGGCCUCCUGGUGAUCCUCGCCUUCUCGGCGUGGGUGGCGCUGGCCAACGGGCUGGGUGUGGCCGUGUACGUGGCGGCCGUGCUCCUGGGCAUGGGCUGUGCCACCAUCCUCGUCACUUCGCUAGCCAUGACGGCUGACCUCAUCGGCCCACACACGCACAGUGGAGCUUUUGUGUAUGGCGCCAUGAGCUUCUCAGACAAAGUGGCUAACGGGCUGGCGGUCAUGGCCAUCCAGAGCCUGCACCCCCGCGGCUCGGACCUCUGCUGCACGGCCUGCGUGGGCUUCUACCACUGGGUGAUGGUGGCGGUGACGGGCGGUGUGGGCGUGGCUGCCACCCUGGUCCUCUGCAGCCUCCUCCUCUGGCCCAUCCGCCUGCGAAGCUGGAACCCUGGAACCCAGUAGUGACACUCCCGCUGCCUGCCGGCAGUGUGCUUCCAUGCACAAGUAACCACGUUCAUGCAAACUGUGUCUAGAGGGGGCUUCCAGGAGGGCCCUCCCCCAUCUGACUGUCACCUCAGGCCCCAGCCUCCCACCCUUACUUGGCCCUGGGCUUGGGGAUGGCAGAAUUGGGGAGACUCUGGUGGCUUGUCCCUGUCGGGUGGGGACACCUAGUCAGGCUUCUGAUACCCAGCAGCCUGUGGGCAUCCAGGGUUGAGGGGAUCCCUGCCCCCUUCUCUGACCCCUUCUCAGCUCUCUGGUUUGGGUGCCCUUCCUCUCCCAGGAUCAUGCAGGUCAGGAGGGGAGGACCCCCGAGGAGGUCGGGGGUUGCCUGGGGCCUGCCCAGGUCUCACCCCUUCCUUCCUGCCCGGCUGGGGUCUCCCUGCCUCCUACUGGCCGGUCCCCCUCCCUGACGGCGUUGUCAAAGGAGCCUGCCAGGAGAUCCAUGGCAGGGUCGCGGGCUGGCCUGGACCCCGGCCGUGACGGGCAGCAGGACUGCCCAGUCGUCUGGAGGGCCCACUAGGGCACGAGGACUCUGAGACAGUGAAUAAACAGU